AUGAUUUUCCCUAGUUCACGCAAAGCUAUAUUCCUCAUUACAAACAUCAGGCUGUCUGAAAAGGAUCCUGUCAUCGAAUACGAAAAAAUGCUGUCAAAUGCGGACGAUCUCUUCACUCAUACUUGGUCUUUAUGUGUCGAGAUGCAAUGGUAUUUGUUGGCUCCACUUCUCUUCUUCGUGCAAAAUUUGUUACCUUUACGGAGGGUGCUUUUCUUUUUGGGGAUCACAUGUAUUUCUCUCGGUUUCUAUCUCACUACUGACAGCAACACUGCCUUCUACAACACAUUUGCUAGGAUGUGGCAAUUUUGUGUUGGCAUUAUCGCCUUUUUGAGUAGUGAAAAUGUGGAAAUUGGACAAGUUCGUACCCGAUUGCGUUUACGGUCGGAACGAUUAUACUCUCGUAUCGAUUAUAAAUUCCUAGUCCAAAUCACCGCAAAAAUGUCCUGCAUGGUCUCGCAUCCUGUUGUGCCUAGAGGAUUAGAUGCCAAACAUGCAGGAUCGUGUUUCGCGGUCAUAUUCAAGAUCCUAACAAGUGAGGUUCAACACCUGACUUCAAGGUCUUUGAAACUACUGUAA